AUGUGUUAUCAUCAUGUUGAACUCCUUGACUUGAACCCAACAAGUGUGAGCACAAGUAGUAUAGAAAGCCUGCAACAGCCACUGGGUAUCCUGCUGCUGGAAAAAGGACUGCAGCACCUGCAGCCACCGGAGGAGCCUCCAGCAAAGAAGAUGCGGGGCAGAACUGAACUUCCUACUGAUGUCAUCAGAUGGCUACAGCUUGCAAGAUUGUAUCGCUCCAUUGAAGACUAUGAUGUUCUUCGAGGCAUUUUUUGUGGCAAGAUUGGAACAAAAUCUAUAACUGAAAAAGCCUUAACUGCAGAAGCAAAAUCUGAUUAUGCCACAGCUGCAAAAUUAUAUGAUGAAGCACUACAGCAGACCUUUUCAGAUGGGGAACCUUCUGAUGCAGAGAAGGAUUUCUGGGAAAUUGCUUCGAUGGAAUGUUACAAUCACCUGACAGAAUGGCAGCCGUUGGAAUACUGCUCUACUCUUAACAUUGACAGUGAAAACCCCCCUGAUCUCAAUAAAAUAUGGAAUGAUCCUUUUCAUCAGGAAAAUUAUCUGCCUUACAUGAUCCGCAGUAAAAUGAAGUUGCUUCUUCAUGGAAAGGAUGACCAGUCUUUAUUAACUUUUAUUGAUGAAGCCAUGAAGGUGGAACAGAGGAAAGUUUUAAUGGAAACCUUGUACAGUCAAGAGAUGAGUCUUCUUUACAUAAUGCAGGAUGACUUUGACCGAGCUAAGUAUUACAUCAAAAAUGGAAUUGAUGUCUUUAUGCAGAACUAUUCAAGCAUUGAUUCACUGAUGUUUCAAAGCAGAUUAACUGAACUGCAGUCAGUUCAGGCUCUCUCAGAAACUCAGGAUUUUAUUGAAUUCAUCCGUGUUCCAGGCAAUUUAACAUCUUUGCCCGCACUGAAAAGGUUGCUUAAGCUUUGGAAGAGUAGAUAUCCAGAUGAUAAAAUGGACUCCAUGAACAUUUGGGAUGACAUCAUUACUAACAGGUGUUUUUUCCUCGAUAAAAUCCAAGAAAAGCUUUCCACUCAGCAUAUGGAUGAGAGUAUGGAAACAGACAAUGAAGCAGACAACAGUGAGGCUAUGGAAGUGGACAAGAAAGACGAUAUUAACUUUUUGAUGAAAGAAUGUAAAUUUGUAAUGAAAAUGAAAAUGGUGAACAGUGCUAGAAAACAGAACAACUUUUCUGUUGCAAUGAAGCUUUUGAAAGAACUUCACCGUGAGUCAAAAACUAAUGAAGACUGGUUGGUGAAAUGGGUUCACAACUACUGUAGCUACAGUCACAGCCGCAGCCAGAGCCAAAGCUGUCCUGAGCAGAUACUUGCUGUACUAAAAACUAUCUCCUUACUUGAAGAAACAAGUCUAGAAUAUCUGGACAAAAAUCCACGUGCAUCUAAAAAUCAUAACAUAUUACUGGGAGCCACUUACAGAAUCAUGGGAGAUGCAACAUGCAAGGAGCCGGACAGUCUGGAGAAAAUUGAGGAAUCAAAGGCUAGAAGAGUCAUACAGCUUGCAGAAUCAGCAGAUGAAGUAGCAGCAGGGCUGUUUAGAAAGUCUCUGCAUUAUUUGAAUUGUGCAGUCAGAAAAGCUUCAGAAGAAGAACAAUCGUGCUCUAAGGAACACACAGACAGCAAAGGAGUCAUUAAAGCCUACAUGACCUUGGUGAACUUUUGUGACGCACAUCUCCGGAAAGUGGAAGAUACCCUAUCAGUACUAAAUGCACAGGACCUGAAACAAUUCCCUGAAAUCAUUGUGGAAAAAAUGAUUAAAGCAUUAAAAUUGGAGUCUGAGGAAGCACGACUAAAAUUUCCAAGAUUGCUUCAAAUUAUUGAAUUGUAUCCCUCUGAAACUUUGGACUUGAUGACUAGAGAGGUUAGUUCAGUCCCAUGCUGGCAAUUUAUUGCCUGGAUCAGUCAGAUGAUGGCAAUGCUUGACAAGAAGGAAGCCAUUGCAGUGCAGUUUAUAAUAGAAGAGAUUGCUGAUCAUUACCCCCAGGCGCUUGUGUACUCUUUAAUGAUCAGUGGGGAGAACUAUAACUUUGAGGACACAGUGGACGGACACAGAAAUAAAGAGUUUGUGGAAAGAAUUCAAAACAAGCUGGAUAAAAAUGGAUUAGCUGAAGAAUUCAUCAAAGCCCUGGAGCAACUGUCUAAUCCUGCUUUGAUAUUACAGGAUUGGAAGGAUGAAGUUUUCAUUGAGCUGUCUAAAGAAAAACCAGGCAAAAAUAAAAUUAAGGAAUUGUAUAAGGAGAUUCAUUCAAAUUUGUGCAACACAAAGGACCAAUUCUUUGGAUCAUUCAGAAUGAGGUUUGCAGAGAAACAUGGAAAGGAACUAGACAAAUUUUGUGGAAAAGAUGGAUCCCAGCUUGUUGCUAUCAAAGCUGAAGAAUUCAAUGAAAAGUUUAGUGCAAUCUUGACAAAAAUUAAAGAACAACAGCCAAAAGAGCCAGGAAACCUAAAAGAAUAUUCUCCAUGGAUGAACAAUUUUAAGCCAGAAUUUUCCAGAAACGAGUUAGAGAUUCCUGGCCAGUAUAAUGGAAGAAGCAAACCUUUGCCUGAGUAUCAUGUAAAGAUUUCUGGAUUUGAUGAAAGGGUUAAAGUUAUGAGUUCCAUCAGAAAACCCAAGCGUAUUGUUAUCCGAGGAAAUGAUGAGCGGGAUUACCCUUUUCUGGUGAAAGGUGGUGAAGACCUGCGCCAGGACCAGCGCAUUGAGCAGCUAUUUGAUGUCAUGAAUAUUAUCCUCUCCCAGGAUGCAGCUUGUAGCCAGAGAUAUAUGCAGAUAAAGACAUACCAAGUGAUACCCAUGACCACACGAAUUGGAAUGAUUGAGUGGCUGGAGAACACAUGUACUUUAAAAGACUUCAUUUUAGGAGCAAUGACUGAAAAUGAAAGGAAAAACUUAAAUGGAAAAUAUAGCCCAGACUUCCAUUACAGAGCCUGGCUGGACAAAAAGGACAAAGUUGGGAACCCACUGCAACAUCUUAAUACGUACAAAAAUGUUGAUCGUUCCUCCACAGUGAAGUCUUUUAGAGAAAGAGAGAAUCUUGUUCCUGGAGACCUUUUACGGCGGGCAUUUGUAAAAAUGAGCACGACUCCUGAAGCUUUUCUCACUCUGCGGUCCCACUUUGCCCGUUCACAUGCUUUGCUGUGCAUCAGUCACUGGAUAGUUGGCAUAGGGGAUCGGCACCUGAGCAAUUUUAUGGUCAAUAUGGAGACUGGGGAAUGAUUGGCAUUGACUUUGGUCAUGCUUUUGGCACUGCUACUCAGUUUUUGCCUGUUCCUGAGUUGAUGCCAUUCCGCCUGACCCGCCAGAUAGUAAACCUGUUGUUGCCUAUGAAGGAAGUUGGAUUAUUUGAUUCAAUUAUGAUACAUGCCUUACGAGCCUAUCGAACAAACCCUGAUCUUCUCAUUAGCACUAUGGAUGUGUUUGUGAAGGAACCAUCGCUAGACUGGAAGAAUCUUGAGGCAAAGCAGAUGAAGAAAAAGGGAGGCUGGCGUAAGGAUAUAAACACAAGAUCACAGGGUUGGUAUCCUGUGCAGAAAAUUAACUGUGCAAGACGAAAGUUAAGUGGUAUAAAUCCAAGGGAAAUCACGUGUGAAGAAUUGCGUUUGGGACAUGAAACGUCUCAGUUUUACAAAGGUUUCCUGACUGUUGCAAAGGGAGAGGAAGAAUAUAAUAUCAGGGCAAGCACAGAAGCUGAAGGACUUGAUGAAGAAAUGCAAGUGAAGUGCCUAAUUGAUCAGGCAACAGAUCCUAACAUCCUUGGCAGAACUUGGAAAGGGUGGGAGCCCUGGAUCUAA